AUGGGGGUACAGAAAGUGGAAGGAGGUGGAAGCGAUUCAGGAAAAAUAUCUGAAGUGGACCUUGGGAUUGGAAAGGAUGAUGAAAGCGGCACUGCGACCGAAGAUGAGGAAGACGUGCGCGCGCGAGAGCUCCGGAAGCAAGAAGUAUGGUUGACGGUGCCACCAAGCAAUUGUGAUACUGAUACCGGUUCGGAAACAGAGGUUGUAUCUUCGGAAGAUGCGUCGACUGAUGAGAGUGUAGAAAAUUCCGCAACUGAGAUCUCGACCGACUCUGAGUUCGAGCACGAUGAAGCGACUCCGACACAGCAUGAGAUUCCCGAGAUUACCAUCAACGAUUCUUAUGUGCGGAAAACGAGAGGCGCUUAUGUUGAACCGAAAAAAGUGCAGGUGAAGAGUAAGAUGAUCUCUUCGAUUAAUGGCAACUUGACGCAGGACAAGAAACAACAAAAUACUAGCAAGCGAUUUUUGGAUGACCAUAUUAAAGUCGAAUCGAACAAAGAAGUAAAUUGUAACGUGCCAGCUUUUGUUGACACAAAUAACUGCACACCGUUGUUAAACCCACGAAAGGGAGAUUAUCUUUUAAAUCGCACUCACUCCACCGGCGGAAUCGCUUCGAGGCUCUCUUUAGAAUUGAAAAAACGUUAUCUACUGGGAGGAUCAGCGUUGGGUGGUUCCGUCAUAAAAUCAGGUUCGACAUCUAAUGUGGACACGAAGUUGAGGAAUUUUACUGAUGCAAUCUCCCAGCAUCAAAAGUUGUUAAAUCCGGCGCCGGAACCUAGUCCUACCAUGCAGGCAUUUCUUCAAGGUACUAGUAAAUUGCGAACCAACAAUGCAUCGCUUUCUCCAUUAUCGCCUACAAUUUUAUUUUCACGACAAUUGUCAUCCGAUCACUGCCAAAAUUCAUCGAAUGAAAUUGCGAAACCGACAACUUUGAUAGAAACAUCUACGACGCGACAACUACCUGAUUUAGUAAAAGAAUCCAGUAUUUUGAAAUCUAAGACAGCACCCAACAUUUGCAGUGAAUCAUCAAUGAAAGACAGAGAAUUAAUCAACGAACAAGUAUUUCUACUGCAAACUAAUAACUUGACGAAGACCGCUGUACAGGAUAUAAAAAGCUCGCAAACUGAGAAAGUUUUACCAAAUAACGCGGAAGAAAGUAAUGAUUUUAGACCACGUAGUCCCCUUCACGAAACGUCUAUUGUUGUGCCGCAAGUGGAUUGGAGCAAGAAGAACGAAAACAAGGAUGUUAGUUCGGGCGAUUCUGAGAUAGAUAGUGAUUCAUUAUCUUCUUCCGAUUCUAACGAAGCAAUAGAGAACGAACAACUUGUUGCUGUAAAUCUUUCGCCGCCUAGAUUACGGAUUCACAGCACUGAUGGCGAUCUUUUAUUGGAUGAAGGAGUUGAUCGAUACAAGCAUUAUAAUCCCGACGAUGGCCAGACUUUCGAGCCAGAUUCUAUCGAAGUCUCCUUUUUACAGGAUCGUCAAUUACAUGAUUCAAUUAACAGUACGGAUACUAUUGAAAUGAUAAAUAAUAAUAUGGAACAAUUAGACUUGCGGGAUAACAACUGCAGUAGUUCUACUUCUGAAGCUUCAGCAGUGUCUAAUAAACAAGAUGAUUCCGAGGAGAACGACAUUACCACUGCAGCAUUCACCGAAACAGAAUUUUCUGAAUGGGCUCGCGACGGGGAAGCUUUGGUUUCUGAAGACCUUCGCGAUGUAGAACUCGAUAUCGAUCCUGAUUUCAUCACUGUGCGAAGGAAUAAUUCAAAACUAUCAUCUAUAUCCGCUAGAAUUGUUAAAGAAGAAGAUACGCAAUUCGAAUAUUCCAAUAUUGAUCGGGUAAUCGAUCAGCAAGAAUACCCAAACAAUAAUACGUCAAAAUUGUUAGUCAAUGGCGAAGAUAUUAAUUAUAUGGACACUGACAAUGAGUCACUACUGGAUGACAGCCUUCAAGAUGCCUCCAAUAUCGCGAUGCUGAAAAAUCGAGGCUACAUUGAGUUCGUCAACAUCAAAACGACUCUUUCCAACAUUCCUGUUUCAACUAACAUAUGCAAUCUACCAAUCGCUGAUGCACCGAUAGCGAGACUCGAUCUGGAAAACGACUCGUACGGUGAAGAAGAAGAAGAAGGUUUCAAAGAUGCUAAUGUGAUUGAGAUUGAUCCAAUUACCAUGGAGGACGUGAUGGGCAAAUUAAACGAUCCUAUUGCGAGCAAAUCAUCGAUGAAAUCGGAAAUUCGAACUGAGGAACAAAAUAAAUUUAAGGAGAACACGAAGCGGGAGCAAUUAGCAGAAGCUUUUAACAAAGAAUUACUUCAAUCCAUGGAGGAAGAUAGUCUGUUACUUGUUGAACCAGCUGAGGAUACGACUACUAGUGAAGUCGUUACAGUGCUUGCCAGUCCGAUUAAUCCUCAGGUAUCAAUAGUUCCUGUAGAAAUGACAGAGAAACACGAGGAGGUAGCCAAGGCGGAUUCUAACAAUCCAGACUAUCUGGAAUACGUAAAGAGAUUGCAAUCUCGAAUCGCAGAGUUUAGCAACGCCAAGGAUUCCAUUGACGUAAGAAAAUCAAGACGAAAAAAUUCGAAAAGCUUAGCGCAGACACGCACCGCAGAAAUGAUUACUGAAGAGAUUAAGAGUCAAGAAACAAUGAUUGUAAACGGUAAUGGUAUCAAUUCACCAGCGACCUCAAGGAAACUUGAAGAGAUUACAAGAGAACGGUCGAAGCAAAAAGAUCUUAUUCAAGAUCUUCUGAUGGAUAAACUUGAAGCUCACAAACAAAAGUCAGCUGAAAAAAAGGCCCGAAGAGCUGCCAGAGCUUCAUCUUUUACCACCGGACUGUCACCGAUAAAACCAUCAUUAUCUAAUAUUUCUUCCGUUGGAAACAAGUUUGUACCUACUUCUAUAACGUCACCAUUAAACAGUCCUACUCACACAAGUUUUGGGGAAGCGAACAAGUCGAAUCUUUCGAUGUCUUCGUACUCUUGUGAACAAAUCAAUCAAGAAGAAGCCAAAGAAAAAGUCCCAAAGAAGGCAGACGAAAAGUCGAUUACUAGUCUAGAAGAUGCUUUUAAAACGCCAAUUGCACCACCAAGAUUGAAAAUCGAGGAAGCGAGGAGGACCACUGAAAAGGCCAGGCAGGAUGCUCGAGAACGCGCUAGAAUGAAAAGCGACGAAGACUUAGGUUUAAGUCCUGAAGACAGAAUCAAGGAAUUAAGAAUGAAGGUGACGCGGAGGCAACUUUCAAUGGACGAUACGAAAAAGGAUGAUACGCUGAAGAUUGAAAAAAUUAAAUCGUACAACUUCAACGCAAUAGAUAAUUCGGAGCUGAAAUUAAAAAUUAGUAAAAGUACCGAUAAUAUGAAAAACAUCGCAAAGAAAAUCAACUUCCAAAAACUGCCAGCGACUAACGCGAAAUCGAUGGACGAGAUGCUAAAUACUGCAGGUCUAUCACUUUCGGAUAAUAAUAGUAUAAUCAAACGGGACAAGAAGCCGAAGGACUCGGAGAGAAGAAAGAGUAUUAUACAGGCGGUUUCAGAUUUCUUCUUCAAAAAGGAAACAAGUCCAUCGCCCAAUCAGAAGGACAAGUUAUCAGUAUUUCGACUGACUUCAAGAGGAUCAAAAGGAAAAAUUGAUAAAGCUAGUCCAUCGAAAUGCAACAUGAGACCUAAAAGUGUAUGCGAGGAUAUGCUUGUAGGAAAUUUCCUCACUUUCGAAAAGCCACCGCCUGUGCCCCCACCACCGCUUAAUUAUUCUACAUAUACCACUCAAGUAUCAGAUGACAGUUUAUCGGAUGAUGAUACUAAAACAACUGCUUUAUCAGCGUCAUGCAUGCAAAAAGUUACGGCAACUGAAGAAUCGUGCAAUAGCGUUUCACGUAAAUUAAAGACUGCUAAAAAAGUAGCUAGACAAGCACAAUUAAAGAGAUUACGAAUGGCCCAAGAAAUACAAAGGAAACUGGAAGAAACUGAAGUGAAACAAAAGGAAUUAGAAAGCCGGGGCGUAAGUGUCGAAAAAGCGCUGCGUGGUGAAGGAGAUUCCUCCAAUCGUGAAGAAGCUGAUUUGCUUAGGGAAUGGUUUGAUCUAAUGAAAGAACGUACGGAACUGCGUAGAUAUGAAAAGGAACUUCUAGUGCGUGCGCAAGAAGUUCAAUUGGAAGAUCGUCAUGAACGAUUGCAACAUGAAUUGCGUGAACGAUUAGCUGACGAUGAUGAUAAGAAGACUAGUGACGAUGUUAAAAAGGAAGGAGAAAUCUUGACGGAAAUGUUAGAAAUAGUAGCAAAAAGGGAUUCCUUAAUCGCCCUAUUAGAAGAAGAACGACAAAGAUAUCAGAACGAAGAUCGCGACCUCGAAGCUCAAAUGUUGGCUAAAGGCCUGAGAUUAACACCAAUUAAGAAAUGUGGUCCUAAAUAUUCAGUCUAAGGAAGAUACGCUUCUGUACAUAUAUUUUCCGCUACAAUUUUUUAUUGCAUGAUAACAC